GACCCCGUCUUCAUCGCCAUCGACUUCGAGGACCCGAACUCCGUGGCUUACGGAUUUGACCGAAACUCUGACACACAAGUCGGGCUCUCAGUUCUCGACAGCAGAAACAUUCACUCCGCGUCAGCGAAGCAAAGCCUGGGCAUCAAAACAUUCAACUUCGUCACCGGAUCGAACCAAUACUUCAAGACUUCCGCCAGGAAGGACUUGUGGGCGACUUCAGAGCAUAUUCCGACUACUGAGAUGUUGCAAUGCAUCAAGAAAGUUAUACCGCGAGACAGGAAUAUCAUUCUUGUCGGGCACGGAUUCUCGCACGACGUUGCGGCGCUGCAGUCCCUUGGAUUCGACUUCUACACCUCGAUCCUCGGUCACUUCGACACGGAUGUCAUCGCGCGAAGACUGAAAUUCGAAGACGUGUCUCUUGGAGCCGUUCUGAAAGAGCUCGGUUGCCCGACUCUAAAUCUUCACAAUGCAGGGAACGAUGCGAACUUCACGCUUCGCGCCCUGAUUCUUCUGGGAAUUAGG